AUGGAAAUGUUGCUGAGGGGAAACCUGAGGAGAGGAGUGGGGUUUUGCCUUCUGCUGCUGGCUCUCGUACACGAGGCCGCGGGCCAGAGGAGAAAGACAGGGCGCAGGAACAACUACAGGCUGCAUGACGAUGGAGGAAAUGUCCGCCUGAAGUUUUGGUGGUUUCCUUGUCCCACAGGUUUGCCGUGUUCCCUGGAGGUGGCCUUCAUCCUGGACAGCUCUGAGAGUGCAAAAAUAUUCCUGUUUGAGAAGCAGAAGGCCUUCGUCUUGAGCUUCAGCACACGGCUCGCCAUGCUGCAGGUAGCUGGCUGGACGCUGAAGGUCCAAAUGGCUGCACUUCAGUACAGCAGCUCUGUGUCCAUAGAGCACCGAUUCUCAGCCUGGACAGACCUGGAUUCAUUCCACAGUCAAGUAAGCAACAUGAACUACAUCGGCCACGGCACCUACACCACCUACGCCAUCACCAAUGCCUCACAGCUGCUGGUACAGGAGACGCCGGCAGACAGCGUCAGGGUUGUAGUGCUGAUGACAGAUGGGGUCGACCAUCCCCGCAACCCGGAUGUGAUUGCAGCUGCGGCGGAGGCCAAAGGUCAUGGCACAAAGUUCUUUGCUGUGGGGUUAUCGGACAUCGCCCAGCAGAGUCAGAAUAACGCCAAGCUCCGGGCCAUUGCCAGCACGCCCGCUCAGCAGUUUGUCCAAAGUCUUCUUGAUACUCAGCUGGAAGAGAAGCUGCUCAAAGAGAUGGCUGCUGUCGCAUCGGAAGGGUGUCCACAAACCCAAGUUUGUUUGUGUGAAAGAGGAGAGAGAGGCCCUCCGGGAAGUCCAGGUAGAAAAGGAGACCCAGGCUUCAGAGGGCCACCUGGUCUAAAAGGAGCGAGGGGGGUGCCUGGUGCGAAUGGUCGACCUGGAGGUGAUGGCCCAGAGGGUCAUCCAGGUUACAAGGGCAACAAGGGGGAGAGAGGAGACUGUGGCACUCCAGGGGAAAAGGGUGAAACUGGUCUUGGCGGACCUCCAGGCCCACGAGGCUCACAAGGAGAACGGGGUUCAGUUGGACCACCAGGAGACAUGGGUCCUGAAGGCCCAGCAGGACCUAAAGGAGACAGAGGACCCAAUGGGGUUCCUGGACCGCAGGGGGAAAUUGGCAUUGGAUUCCCCGGAACCAAGGGUGAAAAAGGUAUUCAGGGAAGACCAGGUCCCACAGGUCCUGUUGGGAUAGGAGAACCAGGAUUACCAGGUCCCCCAGGACCAUCUGGAGCACAAGGAAACCCCGGACAACCUGGAGAAGGGUUUCCAGGACCGAAGGGUGAUCGUGGAUACGAAGGUCCAAGGGGCAAUCGUGGGCUUCCUGGUGUUGGGGUCAAAGGUGACAAGGGCAGUCUUGGACCACCUGGGAUUCCCGGACCAGUUGGUGUUCCUGGUACAGGACUUCAAGGAGAAAAGGGUGACCAAGGCCCAAUUGGACCGUCAGGACCCAGAGGAGCUCCAGGUAUCGGAAUAGCAGGACCUAAGGGGAAUCAGGGCGUCACAGGUGAGCCUGGACUGCCAGGUGAGAGAGGAGUGGGAGAACCAGGACCCAAAGGUGACCCAGGGUCCGAGGGGUUACCAGGGAUACCUGGUCAACCAGGAGAGGACGGAGUCCCGGGACAAAAGGGUGACCUUGGGUUACCGGGUCUAAGGGGUCCUGACGGGGCUCCUGGUAAAGGCGUCCCUGGAGGGAAGGGAGACAGAGGGGACAGGGGGACCAGAGGCCUGCCCGGUGCAGUUGGUCCCGUGGGGCCAGUGGGCCCCAAGGGGGAACAAGGAAAUAUGGGGCCACCAGGUACCACCGGAUCACCAGGGAGGGGUAUUCCUGGUGCCAAGGGAGAACCGGGUCCAAAAGGUCCGGCUGGAGCUGUGGGAGAGCCGGGGACGGGUUUAACUGGGCCUAAGGGGGACAGAGGGUCGCCAGGACCUGCUGGUCAAUCUGGGCUGAAAGGUGAAGGUUUCACUGGCCCUCCAGGACUUCGGGGGCCUCCUGGGGUCACCGGAGAGACCGGACCAGAAGGUGUUGGCUUACCUGGACCAAAGGGUGACAGAGGCUUACCCGGACCUCCCGGGCCUGCAGGGCCACCAGGAAUCGGUCUGAUUGGUCCAAAGGGUUUGGCGGGUCAAUUGGGACCAACCGGUCCACAGGGUUUACCCGGAGAGGGCAUCCAAGGAGAAAAGGGGGAGCCUGGAUUUCAGGGGAUCUCCGGCCCCAGAGGCCCUCCGGGACAAGGUCUGCAGGGGGACAAGGGGGACCGAGGGUUCAGAGGUGAGAAGGGAAAAAAGGGAGACAGAGGAGAACACGGAGAGCCAGGAACCAUCGGACCCUUGGGUAGAGUGGGACAGAAGGGAGAGCCUGGACUUACAAGGGAGGAAGUCAUCAAAAUAGUGAGAUCCAUAUGCAGCUGUGGAGUGACCUGCCGCCAAACCCCCUUGGAGCUCGUUUUUGUGAUUGACAGCUCGGAGAGCGUCGGCCCCGAAAACUUCUACGUGAUCAAGGACUUUGUGAACGCCCUGAUCGACCGAGCCUCAGUCAGCCGAGACACCACGCGGGUCGGCGUGGUCCUCUACAGCCACAUCAACAUGGUGGUGGUCAGCCUCGGACAGGAGGCCGCCCGUGAUGAGAUCAAGUCUGCGGUGCGCUCCAUGGCCUACCUGGGCGAGGGUACGUUCACCGGCAGCGCCAUCCAACAGGCCAACCAGGUGUUCAAGGCGGCGCGGGCGGGCGUGAGGAAGGUGGCCAUCAUCAUCACAGACGGGCAGGCUGAUAAGAGGGACUCGGUCAGUCUGGAGCGCGCGGUGGCAGAAGCUCAGGGAAGCAACAUCGAGAUGUUUGUGAUCGGCGUGGUGAACAAGAGUGAUCCCCUGUAUGAGGAGUUCAAGCGGGAGCUCAACCUCAUGGCCUCUGACCCCGACAGCGACCACGUGUACCUGAUUGAUGAAUUCAAAACACUUCCAGCUCUCGAAAGACAACUGCUGAGUCGCAUCUGUGAAGACGGAGAGAGGCAUCUGUUCAGCUCCAUCCCCAGCUCCAGGCUCCCGCCGGGAAUCUCCGAGGUCUCCGGUAACGCUCGGGAAACCCCGUACAGGACGGACACAGACACUCCCACCUUCACGGGAGACUUCAGGAAGGUUCAGAUCGUGCCCGGCCCUCCAGCCCCCGACCUCGAAAGGGAACCCAUCACUCCUCAGAGAACCAAGCCGGACGACAGAACCUCCACAGAAACUCAGAGGUUCCCGUUCUUCGACUGGGGGCCCUUCAGGCCCGUAACAGAGUUCCUUCCACAGUCUGAGGUGAAGAAACCCUCGCACCACAUGGUGAUGACCGGAGCCAACGGGCCAGCUGCUCCCACGCCGAGGGCCCCGCCUGAGGAGAGGACGCCGUCGCCGUAUCCACCGACUCCCCCGCUGCUGCCCUCUGACGCCUACGUAUCAGCCGAGCAGUGCAGCCAGACCCUGGACCCAGGACCGUGCCGCGACUACGUGGUGAAGUGGUACUACGAUGCCACGGCCAACUCCUGCGCUCAGUUCUGGUUCGGAGGCUGUCUAGGAAACAGCAACCGGUUCGAGACUGAGAAGAGCUGCAAGGAAACCUGCGUCAAGGCCUAGCGCGCACGUCGUGCCUGUCGUCGCGACGACACGCGUUCAGAAUUGCUCGGAAAGCUUCCCGCUCUGACUUCACGUGUGACUUUUCCAUAAAAGUUCACUUCAACUU